CAGACAAAUAUUGCCCACAGGGAGCAAGUUGCUCUCUACAUAGACCUGGAUGAUCUGGCAGAAGAAGAUCCUGAAUUGGUGGAUGCCAUUUGUGAGAACACCAGAAGAUACACCAGUCUCUUUGCUGAUGCGGUUCAGGAAUUGUUACCCCAGUAUAAGGAAAAAGAGGUUGUGCAUAAAGACUCUCUAGAUGUCUACAUAGAGCAUCGGUUAAUGAUGGAGCAGAGAGGCAGAGAUCCCUCAGAGAUCCGGGACCCCCACAACCAGUAUCCACCAGAGCUCAUGAGAAGAUUUGAACUAUACUUCAAGACUCC